UCUCUCUCUUUCUCUCUCUCUCUCUCUCUCCCUCUCUCUCUCUCUCUCCCAUUCCCUCUCUCCAGUUCAUUUCCACAUCACGCCAUUUUUCUCUUCUACAUUUCUCUCCCGUCGCGUUUCUCCUUCUCCUCAUCCUUCACGCGGCCCUCCCUCCUGUCACCACGAUCUCCUGUUAUCGUCCCGUUCCGUGGCUCCCCGCUUUCCCUCCAUCCUUCUUUCGCCUCCUCCUUGACCAGGCUACUUUUCAAGCCUCAACAGCACUUUCCUCUCCCCAUAAAGCCCUCUUCCUCCCCCUCUCGCUUUUGAAAAUGAUCAAUUUCUAAACCGGUCGACUCAAAGCUCUCGAGAGCAGGAGCGGCUCUGGAGUCUGGCGUCGCUGACUUUUAGAGGGAGAGAGAGAGAAAAAGAAGAAAUUGUUCCUUUGGUUAUAUUUUCUUUUUCUUCUUUUGAUACAUAUAUACCCAGUCCUUUACUUUUCGUCUCCCAUAUCCACACGAUUAUCUUCUUUUCUCCAUCUUCCCCUCCACUUUUAUCCUCCCUCCCUCCACCACCACCAUGUCUCGUCUGGCUAGCAUCCGCCUCACCUCCACCGACAGCGACUCCACCUCCCUCAGCGGCUACCGGAACUCCACCACGUCUCAGGACCUGGCGGACUCUGACAUCAUCCUGUCUCCUCUUAGUCCGCGAAGCCCCAAGAGUCCUUUCAGCCCCAAGAGUCCUGCCAGUCCUCUCAGUCCUCGGUCUCCCAGGAACUCCAGACCCUGCUCACCGUGUCCGCUGGCGAGCCCGGUUCGAGGCGGUAAUCUGGCCUACCUGGCGUCACGAAGGUCGUCCAGAGAUAGCGAAACUGGGGAACUUCCGCCCUUAAGCUACGCUAGGUAUAAGCAGCGCCGUCGGUCCAACUUCUUAGAAUUGCCAAUCCCGGACCACUACCGCCCCCGCGUGUGCUCGCUGCCGGAGAAGCCGUACAACCCGAGGGACGCCGAGGAGCUCUACCGCCUGAGGUCCUUCUCCAUCACCUCCAAGGGCGUCGUCAACCGAGGCGACUCCAUCAUCUCGAAGAAAUCCCGAUCUAACACCUCCGUCUGCUCCACGAACUCGAGUUUACAUCUUGCUUUAAUUGAUGGAGAGCUGCAGGGUGUAAAUUAG